AUGGGAUCUCGUCCACAGUCCUUGAACCUGCAGCAGGAGGAGGGCAGGCUGCUGCUGCACGCUGCCCUGGUGGAGCAGGAGGAGGACGAGGAGGAGAGCAGCAGUGACAGCACCAGCCGGGCAGAGCCGGUGACCGUGCCCACCUUCGACGUCCCCUACUUUCGCUACAUAGAUGAUGAGGGAACAGAGGGAGAGGAGGAGUGGAGCAGCAGCCGCUCUCUGUCCUCUAUCGGGGAGGACUCGUCUUCUGAUUCUGUCGUGUCCGACAGGUAUGCGGUUGUGUCCGGAACCCCCGAGAAGGUCCUGGAGCACUUGCUGAAUGACCUGAUGCUGGACGAUGACCGAGGGACAACACAGGAGAAAGUGUCAGACAGCUCGGAGCUGCAGGAGAGGACGGCACGUUUGCUGAGUUUAACCACAUGGGACGUGGCCGUGGCACUCACCAGCUUUGACUGGACCAUUUUUAACUCCAUGCAUGAGCAGGAACUGGUGUACUUCACCUUCAGCCGACAUGUUUGCCAUGACCACACCACAGCACUGGAGCUGCUGCUGCAGCGCUGCAACGAAGUGCAGCUGUGGGUGAUGACGGAGGUGCUGCUGUGCCCGAAUCUCUGCAAAAGAGUCCAACUCAUCAAGAAGUUCAUCAAGAUUGCUGCUCACUGUAAAGCUCAAAGGAACCUCAACAGCUUCUUUGCCAUCAUUAUGGGGCUGAAUGCUGCAGCCAUUGGUCGCCUCAGUCAGACCUGGGAGAAAAUUCCUGGAAAGUUUAAAAAGCUGUUUUCAGAGCUGGAGACAGUCACAGAUCCCUCACUGAACCACAAGGCCUACAGGGACUCCUUCAAGAAGAUGAAGGCUCCAAAGAUUCCCUUUCUUCCUCUGCUCCUGAAAGAUAUCACGUUCAUUCAUGAAGGCAACAGAACGUUUCAUGAUAACAUGGUCAAUUUUGAGAAGCUGCACAUGAUAGCAGACAUGGCACGGCUCAUCCGGCAGUGUCAGAAAGAUCACGUGGGUGACAGGUCCCCAAAAAGCAGCUCAGAGGCUCGAGCGUACAUCGAUUACCUUCAUGUCAUCGACAAUCAGCAAACUCUGUUUGAACUGUCACACAGGCUGGAGCCUCGCUCUUAAUAAAACCAGCUUUUGUUGUGUUCUACCCACUUUGUCAAAU